AGUGCACCACUUGCAAGGACAAAAUGGAUAAUUUGAUUAGAAAGGUGGAGGAAUUGGUGCGGGCUCAAGAAGCCACAAACACUUCUAUGCGAGAGGUUGAUAUCCAAGAGGGGUAUCAAUCCAUCAAAGAAUCUUUCCUCACCUUAUACUCUGUUCAUGUUCGGAGGAGGGGCAAAGCAAUUGCCAAGGCACUUGCAUCAGUUAGAUCAAGAAGAUCUGUUGCUACUCCCAGUAAGUCAAUUGAGACUCCUCUUCUUGAUGUUGGGCCAAAAGUGCUAAAGAAGGUGGACAUUUUCAAGCCUGUACAUGCCCAAAGAAAGAAAAAGGUUGAGACUGCAAUCAAGUCCAAAAAGAGUGGGAGAACCAUGUACUCAAUGCAUGAAUUUGGAGCAGCAGACUUCAAGGCUAUGACAAGCAUGGAAAUUUGGUGGGAGGAUUGGUAUGUAGAUGAAGUCCUAAUUCUAAUGCGUAUGAGGCAAAUCAAUUUCCCUAAGUACUAUGAUUCCACUGACAUAAUCCUGGACCUCAACUUUUACAACAACAUGUCCAAGAGGUACGCAGAAUUGACAAAAGAGAGUACAAUUCCAAAUGUCGUGCCUCUGAAGGUUAGACUUGCUGAAUUCAAGUGGGAUGAUGAUAUGGUCGACUAUUGUAGGGGUGUCAGACCCUACCCGGGAGGCUGCUCGUGGGCUGGUGCAAAGAGGGUUUUAACAGUGAUGAAUAUUAAUGUCACACAUUUUGUCACUCUCGAGUUCAUGAUUGAAGAGGGAGUGGUAAAUGUGUAUGACUGCAACGUUCCUGUCUAUGAAGAAUCGAUUUCUUUUGUUUCAUGGAGCCGGCUACAGAAUCUCCCCCGCAAUGUCACUAGUAAGGCAUGUGGUUCGUGGUCAAUUGCUUUUAUAGAGGCUUUGCUUACCGGCACAACUGUGACAAAACCCGAAAGUCUAAUCAGCGACAACUCUGUAGGGAGGAUGCAAUGGAGAUGGGCAUUAGUGGUUUCAGUAGUUUUAAACAAGUCACAAAAUCUAACAGCUGUUGAAGAAGUUGCAACAACUGACCCAUCUGUUGCAACAUUUGUUGCAACAUAUGGGUCAGUUGUUGCGACAAAUCUAACUGCUGUUGAAGAAGUUGCAACGACCAACCCAUCUGUUGCAACAAGUUUGUAA